AUGAUUGAAGAAAUCGGCUUUUUUUUUACAAAAACUAUGCUUGACAUUAUUAUUGUUGCUCAAGAUCUAUCUCUUGAUAAUGGAGUAGAAGCUAUUUUGUCAGCGCCUAGGAGACGUUUGUUAUUUCAUGAUGAGAUAACUAAGGUUUUUAUUGUUUUGACGUGUCAAAAUGAUUUCUUAAAGCUGCAACAUAUGAAAUUGGCAUCAUAUUUAUCUUGCACGGUAAAUGGAUGGAUUGGAGACGUUCAAAAGUAUGGGUCUCACGUUUCAAGUAAAGAAGAGGAGAAUAGUGGAAAAGAACACCCAAACGAGGGUGUUAAUUUCUUUUUUAGCGUUCUUAAUAGUCAAAAAAUGAUAUUUGAAUGGAAUGAUGGACAUGCUGUUAUUAUUUGGGGAACAGAAAUACAAAUUCCAUUUCCUCGUAUACGUACAUCAAUACCUAAGGUACAGUUAAUUGUAUCGAUUACAGUAAAACCAGAAGCACUUGUGAUGUUUAAUGAGGAAGAAGGAAUUAAAAGAGAUUAUAUGUCAAUAAAUGUUUUAGAAAGUCUUUCAAGUGAAACAAUGGUAUAUGGUGUUACACCUUUCUUAUCUAUGUCAAGAGUUUCAAAUAUUUCAAUUGCAUCAAAUACAGAUUUAUCAUCUUCUACACAAAUUCUUCGAAAGGUCAUUAGAAGAGUUUUUUCUUGUAGAUCUGCCAUUAGUUUAAGAACAAGAUCAUCUAUGACAAUGAUACCAAAUUUUCAAAGAAUAUUAUUGGGUAUAGAUAUCGAGUCUUGCUUUCUAAAACAACUUUCUGUUUUAAUUGAGGAUAUAGAAAUCAAAGUAAAAGGACAAAUUGCACAGAAAAUCGAAAAUGAAACCAAGUUUCCAAUUACGCUUUCAUUUCAGGAGCAAUUUUUUAUGCUUUACUACAUACCGUUUGAUCCUUCCAUUGAUCAAGGAAUUACUGAUCUUUUAACACUUCCAGUAACAAUUUUUGUAAAAAUGAGACCUCGGUUAUUAGAUACUAAUUAUACUCUUUUACUGAUGUCACAGUGGCAUACAACAAUUCAUAUAUCAAAAGAUCAAACGCAAGUUUCUCUUUAUAGAUCUGUUAUUCAUACAGAAGCCAAAACUUUGAAUUCUAGUUUAUUUUUACAAAAAUCUUUGAUUAAUACAAAUAAUAAUUUAUCGAAAUCAAGAAGUCCUUCGCUUUCUAAUACAAAAUCACCAUUUUUGAAUAUCUCAUUUACUUUUACUGCACCCAAAUAUGUUAGAAUUUGGAAAAUUUUCGAAGUAAAAAUUGCUUUAGUUAAUCAAUCUACUGUUUCAAAGGAUAUAUUUUUAUCAGUGCUUUCAAAAGCUCAUGAUAUCGAUUACAAUAAUCUUCCAUUUAUUUCAGAAAAGGAUUCAUGUUUUUUAUUAGAAGAAAAUGCUAUCUAUACUUUACACAAACACAUUUCGGUCAAUCCUGUGCAUGUUCUUCCCCUUGUAAACAACAUACAUAUUGGACCUCUUGAUUCUUAUGGAUGUUAUUUUUGCUCAAUUUCUUUUAUUGCAAUUCGUGAAGGUCUUUUUUCAUUCGAUGGAAUACGGAUUCAUGAUAUAAAGACAGGUUCUUAUAUUGAUUGUUAUUCACUUCCAAAUAUUUUUGUUUAUUAA